AUGAAGUGUCUGGGUGCGUUCUUCGCUUCUGUGGUUUUGGUGUCUGGUGGAUUGUCUACCUACAGCGACACGUGCUUCCUGCCGAUCGACUUAUUGUUGGUGCAGGAUACGACUGGGUCGUUCAUGGACGACUUGCCUAAUGUGUCGAAGGCAAUUCCUACCCUGGUUUCGAGUGUGUUGGAGAACAACCCGGGUUCUCACUUUGGUGCGGUUGAGUUUAAGGACAAGCCGUACCGUGACUUGGGUGAGCCGGAUGACUUUUGUUACCGCAUGGCUUCUGCCUUGACGGGCGACGUGGCGACGUUCCAGAAGGCGUGGGACACGUUGUACGCUAGCGGCGGCGGCGACUUGCCUGAGGUGCAGUUGCAGGCACUGAUUGACGCGGCACAGGACCCGACGGUGGGCUGGCGCGUGAUUGAUAACUCGAUCCAGUCAGGUGACGACGUCUCGAGUGUGGUGGGAGCUCGGCUUAUUGUGCUCUCCACAGAUGCCGUACCCCACGACCCGCUUGACUACGACCUCUACCUCGAGGAACCGCUUCCCGAGCCUCCUCUCCCGCCUAGCUUCAUGCCUCCCUUCCCCGACAACUCAGUCGGUGUCACGCCCGACUUCCAGUGCAGAAUCUACGACUACCCCUCCAUGGCCCAGGCCGCCAAUGUCCUCAAGACCAACAACGUCAUGGUCGUCUUCCUCGUUCCGGAAAUCGAAACCGACGCCGUAGCAAAAUGGAGCGAAUUUAACACUGAAUAUCUCGGCCAACCGGCAAACUUCCUCCAAUACAUCUCCAGUGACUCCAGCGAUAUCGUCCAAGUCGUUCUCCAGGCAGUCUCCGCGGUGAGCCAGUACGUCUGCUUCG